AUUUUUUUUUUCUCCUAGUGUUGAACUUUUCUUUGCCACCUGUCUGUCUUAAUUCAGUAAUAGUUAUAAAAAAUGUCGUGGACGGUGAAGACGUGUUUCGUGACGCUGAUCGUCCUGUUUCUUUGGAGGGACGGAGAGGUGGCUGAAGCCUGCAAAUGCUUACCAAAACAUCCUCAGCAGUACUUUUGUGACGCAGACGUGGUUAUCAGGGCGACUGUGGGUAAGCAUGAGGAGGUUCAUGACAAAAAUGGCCCAUUCGGAAUCAAACUGAAGAAGUACAAGAUUACGCAGAUUCAGCUGUUCAAAGCUCCUAACCUGACCCAGGAAUUCAAAGCCUUCUACACUGCGGACUCUUCUGCUGCGUGUGGAGUGACUCCAGCUGAAGGCGAUUAUGUCAUUGCAGGCAACCUGAAUUCAAACGGGAGUCUGCAUGUCUCACUUUGUGGCUUCAUGGUGCUCUGGGACAGCCUUACUGUUGUCCAAAAACAAGGCCUGUGUGGGCAGUAUGCAAAGAACUGCGACUGCAUGAUCACUCGGUGCCAUUCCACCCCAUGUGGGAUCAGCCACAACAUGGAGUGCCUGUGGACGGACGACUUGGUUCAGAACCAUAACGGCAGAAAAUGGUCACAGGAAAAAUAUUCUAUUUGCAUCAAGAGGCCUGACAACUCCUGCAGCUGGCAGAGCAGGAGAAAAUCACACACCUCCAAAAAUAAAGAGUCUUAAACAUCUGUGUUUAAAUAUACUAGUAGAAAUUGAAAUCCAACAAUCAGAUUCUAAAAUUGAGUUUUAUUUUAAAUUUUUUUUUUUUUUGGGUGUGUACUCCAUGGUGAGGCUGAUGCAACAAACAAAAU